GUCUUGGGUGACUACAUUUAGCACAAACUGCGAAUGGGAGUUGAUCUCAGGUCAGGAACCUUGCGGGAAAUAAAAUGUACUAGGACAGUAGGCUACGGAAGAAGACUGUGACCCCACGACCGUCUUUAUUACAGUAGAUGACCAUGUCAAUGGAUGAAGUGACAGAUAUUAGCCCAGUAGAGGGCGACGCCGAACCACGCACGGAGGUUAUGGGUGGCACGAAGCCACUACACCGGUUCUUAAGAGGAGAGGUGAAGUAUGUUGGGAUUGCACUGGUGAUCCUUGGAAGUUCAAUGUUUAUAUUUGGCAUUCCACUCAAGAGGGACUGGAUGGAAAGCUCAGCAGAUUUCUACAGUUCGUUCUGGAUGGGAAUUUUGUUUGGCACCUGUGGUAUUCUCUACAUUCUGUCGGAGCGGAAUCCUACCAAAAAGAUUGUUGCAGCUAGUAUGGCCGUGGGUAUCAUUGCAAUAGUAGGGGUUCUAUUUGCAUGUGUGCAAUUCGUAAGAGCCAUGUUACUGUAUGCGCCUGAGCAUCAUUCUGCAAUGGAUGAAAUGAUUGACUUAAACUACUCGCACCCGUACAGUCCUUGGAUUGACUACCAUUAUUAUCAGUUAUGCGCACUAGAAGGAGUAUUCCUUUCUCACAGUUUGGCAGGAGGAGUGAUUCUCAUCGUAAUGACAGGGUUUGCACGGACUGCGCUGAAAUCCUCUAAAGCACAGGCUGUGGUCAUUAUGCAAAAUCUGCCGUCAGCAGAAUCUGCCCUUGUGUCACCGGCAAAGUGAUACAGAUAUGGUAAAAGGGAGAAAAAAAUGCCAUAUUUCAUUUUUACUGACGUUAUAUUCAGACAUAAAUGAUUUUUACAUGUAUAUAAAUAGUUAGAUAGCAAAUAAUCUUUUUGAUUAUGAUAUUCAUAAAGGAUGAAUGUAAUAAAAUAUAUAUAUACAUGGUCCAAACAAAUGUUAACAUAGUUUUAAGAACCACAGACAAAAGAAAUGAUGUGAGACAGAUUUGCAACUUUUUCAAGUAAGCCUUGUCCAUGUGUGAAAACAUUGUUAAAGACAGACAUAUAGUGUAUAAUACAAUACAGUGUGGUGAGCUGUGCUGUUUCUAUAAACAGAUUCCAAACAAAAACUAAGGAUAUAGUACAAGAAGACUUAAAAUACCAAAAUUACCAAAAACAAAAUGUCAGAAAUCCUUUAGCAGUAUUUUUAGACAUGGUUCAUAAAUGCUCACUGGUGCACAUUUCUGACUUGGUGAUAUUGUAAAACAUAUCUGUGUCUGAACUGAACAAAAACAAACAAUUAAAGUAUUGAGAAA